GCCACUUGCCGCAUCCGCACGCCCGCGCCGGUGCAGCUCGCACGCAGGUCUCUGCAGCAGCCCCGACCCCGCGGCUUCUCCUCCACCAUGGCCGACUCGGAGAACCAGGCGCCCGCAGAGCCGAGCCAGGCGGCGGAGGCGGCGGCGGAGGAGGUAAUGGCGGAAGGCGGGGCGCAGGGGGGCGACUCUGACAGCUCGGCCGGCGACUCCGACUGCGCCGCCGGCCAGACCCCGGAGGAGCCCCAGACCCCCGCGGAGAAUGCGCCGAAGCCGAAAAACGACUUUCUCGAGAGCCUGCCCAACUCGGUGAAAUGCCGAGUCCUGGCCCUCAAAAAGCUGCAGAAGCGCUGCGAUAAGAUAGAGGCCAAAUUUGAUAAGGAAUUUCAGGCUCUGGAAAAAAAGUACAACGAAAUCUAUAAGCCCUUACUUGCCAAAAUCCAAGAGCUCACUGGUGAGAUGGAGGGAUGUGCAUGGACCUUGGAGGGCGAGGAGGAGGAGGACGACGACGAGGAGUACGAGGAGGAGGAGGAGGGGGAGGAGGAGGAGGAGGAGGAAGAAGAGGCUGCGGCAGAGGCUGCGGCUGCCAAAGAUGAGGGUCCCCACUCUGCGGUGUCCGAUGACGCCAAGAAAUAAGCGGGGGCAGAGAUGGAAGAAGAGAAUGACGACGAAAAAAAAAUCCUGUGUUUUUUGUUUU